CGAUAAAUUGAAAACAUAACAUAUAGYUAAGAACGGAACGUUUCACUUAAAAAAUGUCGGUGUUUGAGUUGCAAGAAAAAGUGAACAAUAAAACAGUAAAUGCRUGUACCGUUACUCCUACGAUCUUUGCGCUAAACGACACAAGCAACAACAACAAAUGUGAGAAAACAAAAACAACAGAAAAACUCGACAAAACCUCAGCGCCAAACACAGUCAGUGCGCCGCCACCCGACAUCGUGCAACAAGUGUGCGGCAACUUCGGUCACUGGCAGCUGCGCACCAUACUGCUGAUCUUUCUUUGCAAAAUACCCUCCGCCUGGUUCAUGGCUUGCAUCAUCUACACCGCGCCCACACCGAAGAAAGGCGACUACUACUGUCGUCCGCCGGCGCUUUUGAAUCUCAGCCGAGGCUCGUUGACGGCCGACACGCCCGCCUGGGUGCGCGUGUCACAUCCGGUGUCCGACGAACGUGGCACCGAUCGCCGCUUCUAUUUGGAUGCGUGCAAUAUUUACGAGGAGCACUUGCAACGGGAUUUCAUCGCCAAUCAUGCCAACUAUACGAAUCCGUUCGAGCAGCCCGAUGUGGUGCGUGAGGCGAAUGGUUCGUUGAAGUUGAAGGUGAAUGUGUUGCCCUGCGAGCAUUUCGAGCAUAACUCCGAUUACAAAUCGUUGGUGUCGCAGUUUGAUUUGGUGUGUUCACGUCAAUUGUUGAUAUCGAUGACGCAGUCAUUUCAUGGUUUGGGCGCCUUCAUCGGUGGACUGGUGGCGCGUCACGCGCUGAAACAUGUGAGUCCUCGGCGUCUAAUGCUUGUCGGCAUGUUUUUCCAAGUCUUCUGUGGCUGCAUUACUGGCUUGGUGACAAAUUUCCAACUGCACAUUUAUUUCCGCUGCUUAACCUCCAUCGCCUGUACCGUUAUCAUGUCUGCUGGCCAGGUUAUAUUAAUGGACAUUACAGACGGGCGUGCGAAAACCAUCGUCACCACGCUUUCUGAGUUAUUCUGGGGCAUUGGACUUAUACUGCUGCCGGGCAUAUCAAUAUUUUUCGAUAGCUGGAGUUAUUUGUAUGUGGCAAUAUCGGCUUCGGUGCUUAUUUUGAUAUUUGUGCACAGAUGGAUAGCCGAUUCGCCACGCUGGYUGCUAAGUUGCGAUAAAUUAGAUCAAGCGCUCGAACAGGUACUAAAUUCGGCCACACUUAAUCAUCGAUCCAUACCAUUAGAUCUGGAGGAAAAGUUGGCGCAUCAAGCGAAGCACUUACAACAAGAAGCCACUACAACACCUCGCUAUUGGUCCAUUUGGGAUAAGACCAUUGAACGUCAGUAUAUCUGCUGCGUGCACAUCGCGUGGGUCGGCGCUAUUAUUCUGCAUAAUGUCACGCUCCUGAUGAUUCGAACCAUGGGCACGGAGUAUAUACAUGUCAACACCGUUUGCUUAGGUCUGUCCGAGGUGGUCGGCAUCUUUAUUGGUCUCUAUUUGAUACUCUACACCAGACGUCGUUGGCUGUGGUGUGGUCAGCUGUUGACCUUAGCGGGCGCCGUUACCUUUCUAAUCUGGACCGUGCCGAAUACGUUAAAACCAAGUCGCCGUGUCGGUUUCGAAAUGAUCUUCUGGAUGUUUUUGAAGUUUGCAACUGCAGUUACUUUCGCCGUGCUUGCUACGUGUACCGGCGAAAUCGUUUCGUCCGAGAAAAGUGCCACUUUGAUGUACUCUGUUGUGACGCAUAGUCGCUUUUGGUUAAUCUUUGGUCCCUCUGUAGCGGUUACAAUUCAAUUUCACAAYUUAAUCCCCAUCACAGUCUUAGCUUCUUUGGCAGUCGUUACGGGGUUACUGCUUUGCUUCCUCAAUCGUGCCUUCUGGAAUAUGGAAAAACCGCGCGUUUCCAAAGUACUAACGCCGAAGACAUAUCGACGCAGUUCGUCGGCUGAGCUUUUACGACGCACUUCACUUGGUACGAAAUCUGAAUUUUACGACAAUUCUUUAACGAUAAGCAUAGCCGAUCUGUGGUUGGUGAAUUCGCAAUUCGAAACCAUAACGGAACAAGAAGUUGCAGGUACACCAAAGGAGAAGUAUGAGAGAGAAAGGGAGAUCGAGAAGCGAAUAUCCGAAGAGCAUUUGUAAGCAUUGUAGUGCACACAGGGUGUUCUCCUCACAUAGCUAAAAUAUUUGUCAAUCGAGUUUUCUAAUAUCAAUUCCUUGCUACUAAUGUCUUCUACUUAUUCACUGGCGUAGACACCGCUUCCGUGGCUAUAGUUGGACUAAAAACAGCGCGCCAGUCGUUUCUUCUAUUCGCUCCUUGGCGUCAAUUCAAAAUACCAAGUGCAACCAGAUCCUUUUCUACUUAUUCUUUCCAACAGAGUGGAGUCCUUUUUUUUUAUUGGCCUGGCCAGCGUAGCCGUUGACUCUUAAUUCGCUGGACUGUGCCGAAAUCGUCAUAUAUCUCGUACAGCUCAUCGUUCCAUCGACUGCGCUAUUCGCCGUUGCCAAAGCGCAAAGGAAAAACCUUUCUCUCGAACAUCCCUAAGACCGACUCAUCAGCUGAUGUCAUUAUUGCAGGGCAUGAAUGAUGUUUUUACUGCUUCUAAGAUUGAUGAAAUUAUUUACGACUUCAGCUUGCACAGUCGUAUUAACUUUSCGGGGAUUAUUUUUUCCAGAACUAGAUUGAUUGAUCACACAUUUARGCAGUUUCAAUGCCUGAAAUCUCGCUUGGUAUCUGACGGAGCUAUUGGUUUUGCUCAAUGUCAGCUUACACAAAGGUAUUAGCAUUGCGGUUUACCAAGUUCAGACUAUUAAUAUGCGAGGUAGGCUUUCUUUCUACUGUGAUAUUUCAGUCGCCAAMGUACCAGCUGUUCUUUCGACCUCUCCGUUCCACAGUUCCCUUAUGCCRAGUUGCUAAUGAGUGCCCUCAGAUAGCACGAGUGCAAGUCGAGUAAAAGCCAUUUAGCUGUCAGUUGUGAUUAUAGCUUCUCGCCGCUUGUUUCAAGACCGACGCCCGCUCGCAGCCAGCAUCUUUGGUACACRGACGCAGCAAUUASACUUCAGCGAUYMCUUAAACUAUAUAUGUACAUAUGUCGGAGUGGCUGCGCUGUUGCUUYCUCUCUUCCUCUCUGUUAUUCGUCAUCCCAGCCUCCACACGGAUUGGCUACCGCAUCUCACAAAAUGGUUGCUCACAUUUUCAGGGUGGCGACGAGUACGCAAAAGUAAGAAUUGGAUACAGCCUUACGACUUAGCUGCUUACAGAGAAAUAUGACUACACCUCAUUACACACCAAUUGUCGAUUUAAAAAGUUUAGGUGGCGAUUAAAGACCAAUCCAAAGCAAUCAAAGUUUAUAUGUUAGGUCUUCGACCACGAGUUAAGCAAUUGAAAGAAUGAGACUGAAAACCUGGCUUACAUAAUUUUUAAGAAACACCUGAAUGCACUUGUAUUAGAUAUGUAUGUAUAGAUUAGAAGC